UCAAUGGCGCACUCCAUUAACAAACAGUAAAGCUUUUGACAUGUAUGGCGUUCAUCCAAAGAAGGUCUUAACUAACCAGAGAUCAGGCGAAUCAUAAGAUAGAUGGGUUAACGCAACAAACCGCUCCAAUUACAGAUGAGGUUCGAAUUGAGAAAGAUUGAUGUAGACACAAAGAAAGUAGGCAAACUACUUGCUUGAUUAGACACCACCUUAACGAAAUCAAGUCCUAAUGGAGGAUGGACCUUAAAAAAAGCAGCCUCAUCCCCCUCAAACUCCGGACAUAAAUGGUGGUCACCCAUGGUCAUUCGAAAUCGGGUUGUAGAGGGCGGGAGCAGAUUGUGAAUGAGAUACCUUAAAAUCCAAUUCAAGGAUAACUCAAGAUUCAAUCAUAAUCUCUCCAUCAACCUCAUAGCCUACUCUAGAAGAAUACAAAGUAUAUCCAUUGCUUGUCAAGCACGGUCUGUUCGCUGAGGGGAAUCUUUCAUUUACUAAAUUAAGCUAAAAAAACAGGAUAAGCCUAGCAAACUACCAUUCUGUUCGGAUUCAUCAAUUGAAUUGAAUGAAAAGUUAAUCCUCCCAUGAGAAAUUCAAUCAGUAAGAGAGAUCCAUUGUUCUUCUCCUCGCUCUUCUCAGGCCGAGCUUCAUAAACAUUUGGAUUCGUCUCUCUGCUUGCUCUAUAUUGCUAAAAUUUACAACUGAAAUGGAGGCAGUAAGGUCUUAUCGAUACCAUGUUGAAUAUCUGACUCAACAAUAUUCUAUGACAGAACAAAAACUAUGGUUUGCAUCUACAAUAGUUGGCCUUGUCAUGUGUAGAAUUGCUUAUGGUAUUACAAAAUUGACAAGCCUGCUAUAUUUUAAAGGCUAUGCCAAGCUCACCAAGAUGGAGCAAAUCGAAUGGAACAACAGAGGCUUCUCUACUAUCCAUGCCAUUGUUGUUUCAGCAGCAUCUAUUUAUCUUCUUUUUAUCUCUGAUCUAUUCUACAAUAAUGAUCAAGAUGAACCAAUUAUUCUUAGAAGCUCAUUUUUGUCGAACUUUAUUUUAGGGGUAUCGGUUGGGUAUUUUCUCUCUGAUUUGGCAAUGAUAUUUUGGCAUUAUCCAUCCUUAGGUGGUAAAGAGUAUAUUUUACAUCAUGGAUUUUCCAUGACUGCAAUUGGCGUUUCACUUUAUAGCAGCGAGGCACAAAUUUAUGUCUACAUGAUUCUAUUAUCUGAAAUCACUACACCUUUUGUGAAUGCGAGAUGGUACCUAGACUUGGCAGGCCUGAAAAGAUCAAAGGCAUAUUUAAUAAAUGGAAUUGCAUUAUUUUUUGGUUGGCUGGUCGCAAGAAUUAUUUUGUUCAUUUUCUACUUUGCCCAUGUUCACUUGCAUUACGAUGAGGUUACAAAGGUCAAACCUGCUACUUUUUACUGCCUGUUCACGGUUCCUUCCUUGCUCACUUUUAUGAACGUAUAUUGGUUUUGGAGAAUUGCCAGGGGGUGCACGAAAACUUUAUCCAAAAGACAAGAUGACUGAGGGGAUGGUGCCCCUUUGGAUGCCCUAAUUUAAGUUUUAACUUAACCAGAAGUAGUUCCAAAAUUGAUGGAACUAUCAGAUUUUAUAUAGUCCACCUGUAUAUUCAGGGCUUCAUUGCAUGGAAGCCACGAUCUGUGCAUUACAGCAUAAUGUCAAAAGUAGGGUCCAAUAAGAUGUUUAGCACGUGGUUGGUUAGUUUUGAAAGUUAACUAUUUCUUUGAGAAUCCAAAUGUCAGGAUGGGUCCAAGGAGGAGGUGAUUUUCAGUAUCUUAUUGGGUAAAAUAACUGUUUCAAUAACUUCUCUAAUGUCAGACAAUUGUAUUCAUCAGUUUUGUUCAAGUGAUUUUUUAGAGUGUCUGUUUCACGUU